AGCAGCAUCAGCUCGAGCUCUGAGAGGAUUUCUGUCGUCUUCUCUCUUCUCUGGUGUUUUUUGUGGCUUCAGUAUCAGUCUGCCGCAGACAGUAGAAUUUGUAAAAGGAUCCUGCGUUUUCAUACCCUGCACAUUUGAUAUUGAUCAACAAUAUGAACGUUUCCUCACUGACAGAGCAAAGAGAAUGUGGUUUAAAGAAGGAAACCCUGCAAUUAAAGUGUUUGACUCCAGCAGCCCCAACACUGAAACAUUUAAAGGAGAAAUAUUCGGCACUACUACACAGAAAAACUGCAGCACACGCUUCGAUGACGUCAAUCAGAGUCAUGAUGGGUCAUAUUAUUUCAGACUUGAAGAUGACAGAAUGAAGUUUAGCUUCAAACCAAAUCCACCCUUCCAAGUUGCCGUCUUAGGAUCUCCACCCAAACCCACAGUGAGAGUCUUUAAGGAUCAGCAGGAGGUGAUGGAGACGGUGCAGGUGAUGGAGGGAAGUUCAGUGAGUCUGCGCUGCUCUACUAAGAUCUUCUGUCCGUCUCGUCCACCGUCUCUCACAUGGAGCUCGUCUCUCAAUGAGAACGUCACAGGACGGCAGUAUCAGAACCAAACUGAGCUCAUCUCUGAUCUGAACUUCACUGUUUCUCACCGUCAUCACGGAGUCACUUUCACCUGCUCUGCAACACACCAGCUACAGAAGAAGAUCACAACACAAGAGUCCCAAAUGAUACAAGUUCAGUAUGCUCCUAAAAACACAUCAGUGAGGAUAAACCCAGCUGGUUUAGUUCUGGAGGGUCGUUCAGUGACUCUGAGCUGCAGCAGUGAUGCAAACCCAGCAGUGAACUACACCUGGUACAGAGACACUGAAGAACUCCUGAAUCCAGUUCAGACCGGACCAAACCUGAUCAUCAACAACACUGACCCGACACACAGAGGACGAUACUACUGUAGAGCUGAGAACAAACACGGCACUCAGAACACAUCAGUGCUGCUGGACGUCCAGUCCUCCAUCAACACACAGAGUUAUUUCUGUCAACGCCCUGCUGACGGUUAACAUUCAUCAGGCUUUACAUUGCAUCCAAAAAUCAAUAUUAUUAAAAUUAUAUAUCAAAACUCAUCUUUUCUCUUUGGCUUUUGGUUCACGGUUUAUCUUGAGUGUCUUUGCUGAAACUACAGUAUUUCAAAACAAAUCUCUUCUGCUUUCAGCUUUGGUCAGUAUCUUUGGGUUAGAAAGCAUCUGCCAAAAAGAAUUUAAUUUGUUGGAAUGCAGUUUUGAAAUGGCUUGCUUAUGAUUCAGAAUUCACUCCAAACAGGUUGGAUAACAGAUUUCAGUUGUGGGCAAAUAAGGGAAUUACUUCUUUUUGCACCAUUAUUGAGAAAGAUGAAAUCUGAAACAUUCAACUACUGAAGAAAAAGUUUCUUCUAGAAAGUCAAGAUUUUUACAGAUAGCUCCAGGUUCGAAAUUAUUAUGACCAAAAAAUAAAAGGAAAACUCGAAGAUAAUCUGAAUCCAUUGAUAGACCUACUUAAGAAGGCACACACAUCAGGUGUUAGAUAUAGGAUCGUUUCUCUGCUAUACAACAGUUUGAAAAACACACUCUACAACUUAUACUAAAGAGAAAUGGAUGAAAUAAUCUUUACUGAUGAAGAGUGGUCAAAUAUAUGGACAUUUCAAUGAAAAUCAACCAGUUCAUUAAAUUGGAAGGAAUACUGUUGGAAAAACAUUAGUAGAUAUUUUAAAACACCGGUACAAACGACCAAAUACAGUAGUAACUCUCCAAAAUGUUGGCAAAACUGUGCAUGUAAUGAAGCAAACCAUUAUCAUAUUUUGGAAAUGUAUACAUAUUCAAGAAUACUAGAAAGAAACACAGGAGGCUCAUGAAUAUAUUUUUAUAAGAGACAUACCUCUAGAAAGCAAAUUGCUGUAUUUUGGCUGCGUAUGUCCAGAUAUAGUAUAACAGCAGAUAAUAAAUACCUGAUGGGUGUGCGUUUGGCAGACAGUAAGAAAGCAAUCACAAGUAAAUGAUUAAAACAAGAGAGACCAACUUUACAUGUUACCAUAAAGAUUUAUAUGAUGGUCACUUUUUUGGUUAAUUUAAAGAAGGACGUGUUUCUGGGAAAAUGGGUUGAAUAUGUAUCAGAAAGAAGGUCUGAUUAUGUAUAUAAUGUAUAUAACACAUACUUGUGUAUAUAUGUACAUGUGUGUGUAUAUAUAUAUAUAUAUAUAUAUAUAUAUAUGUUUGCGAAUAUGCAUGUACUCUGUUUAAUAUCUACAGUAUAUACAUAAUGGAGGUCAUUUGAGGUUAUUUUGGAUGGAACUGAAUUAGGACACAUGUUCUCACCCUGCAUGGAUGUAUAUAGUUACCCUUUUUUUAACAUGUUAUUUUUCUUUGUAAAACAGAAAACAGGUUAUACUCUGAAACAAUUUAACAAAAUUUGAGUAUAAUUUAUAGUUAAAACAUUAGUUAAUUGCACAUAUCUACACAUUGUAAAGACACUUUAUGGUUGCAUUGAGCAUUAAAUGUGUCUUGAAAUAUGCUUUAUGAUUGUACUCAAAUGA